GCAGUGGACUCCUUGGCAGGACUCCUAUCUCUGCCGCAGGAACCAGAUGGAAAGGACGCAGAGCGCCAAUCGCUGUUUCUGGUGUCGCUGGCAAGAUCGGACGCAGAGAACCUGGUGCACGAUUAUCUCAGCCAACAAGGUCCUCCAUUCUCCGACAACGCCAAUCCUCCAACAUUAAAGAUGGAUGAUAUACCCGUCCUGGAUAGGACAAAACUCCCUUUGUCCCCCUGGAAGCGUCUGUCCAUGAGCCUUUCCUCCUUCUUGUCCUUCAGAGGUUGGUUUGCUUCUGUCCUCGACUGGCAGAAGUCGCUUAAUCCUAACUCUCGGAAGCUUCUUAAAAGUCUUGAAAUCUCCAGAAAUAAUUCCCUGGCAAUAAGCUCAAACCUUGGUACUCUUCUUGGGCAAAACGACCUCCCCGCUCCAUCUUCACCAACGGUUUCCACCACUUACAAGCAGAAAGUUGCUGGCUACAUGGUUUGUAAAAAUUAUUAUGACUGGCUUGUACAAGCUGAGAAGGACUUGAUCAUUCUUGUAGCAGAGAGCUCCGUGUAG